CCUGGAUCGCCGCCGGGCAUGGUUCGGGCAACUUCCAGAAGAGGACACAUCCCGGACACUGGUGAGCCCUGUGAGGAAGGAGCAUAGAGUGGAGUUGUCAAAACUGAAGGUCCUCCUUUCCGUCAUCACUCAACUUGACCCCGCCAGGCAGCAUUGCAGUGCAGUGCAGUGCAGUGUUUUGUGUUUCGAGUUCCAUCAGAACAUUUUGGAGGAUGGGAAACAGGUUGGGCACGGAUUCUGCAGACCCCGCGAGGCAUGGACAUCCAGGAUAAGUACCUCUAUGGAACUCGCCCGGAAGCAAGCGACUUUUCCUCCGUCGACCUCCAGCUCGGCAACUCCCAACCAGGCUCGAGCCAGGUUGCGACUCUCUCUAUCUCGCUAACGUCGUAUGACUUCAGCCCGCAGCAUGUUGCAAUGUUUGAUUUGCCCCCACAAUUACAGAGUGCUCAAUGCACCCUCGGCGCUUCCUGUUCUUCUUCCAGAAACUGUCAUGAGAAGAAAAGGUGAGCUCGGUGAGCCAAGAAGAGUCACCUCGGUGUGUUGACCAUAUCCCGGCACUGCGUCUUCACUCACUCACUCACCUUUCACCACGCUUUACCCACUCUCAAAUACUAGACUAGAGCAUCAACAUCACCCAAGAUGGGCUCCCAUCAGAAGGUCAAGCGUGGUGAUAAACCCAUCCUCCUCUUCACCAGCAUCCCAGCAACUGGCCACAUAACUCCCACCCUCCGCAUAGCUUCCGCCCUCCAUGCUCGCGGCUGGCCCGUCUUCUACCUUGGCCCUACUGCCCACAAGGCCACCAUAUCCGCCACCGGCGUUCAAUUUCUUCCCUUUCUCGAUGACGCAGACUUCAACGACUUGACAUACUUCGUUCCCCAGGGGGAGGGGGCCAUCACCGAAAAAGAUGCAGUGGUCCAAGGUACUACUUCUGAACCAACCUGGCGCGACCGCGUCUUCAGCGAUUUCCGCGAGUUUUUCAUCUCCGCUAUUCCGGCUCGGCAUCGCUCCCUCUGUGCCGCCUUAACCCACAUCCGCCAGCUUUUCCCCUCUUCUUCUGCUCGAGUGGUAGUAGUAGCAGAGUCAACGUCCAACUUCCUCCUCCCUCUCUUCCACGGGGCCCCCCUCCCUCCUUCCAUUCCCAAGCCAAUCGGCUCCAUUGCUCUAAGCGUCAUGAUCCCUCCCCUCCGGUCUGUGGACAUCCCACCAUUGGUCUCUGAACCGAUAGAGUUUGAUACUACUCCUGCUUACCGAGAACGGGUCGCCAAGAUAUGGAGGGACUGGGAGACGGAAACAAGGGGUCUAAAAGAGUUGCUGGUGGAGAAAGUGGAACAAGCAGGCGGCAAGGACUUUGCCAAAGCCAUGGAGACACGCGAAAGGGAAAAGGGUCGGGAAAGCUGGGCAUUGCUUAGCGGGGAGUGUUUUGUCGGGUAUAAUUACGUUUGUCAAAUUGGUGUUGAGAGUUGGUUUUAUAAGACGGAAGAGGGGUGGCCGGCGAAUUGGCGGUUUGUCGGUGCGGUGCCCAAGUCGGUUCGUGUUCUUGAGGAAGCAAAGCAAGCCUUGGUGGAUGAGGUCAAGCUGGCGAGGGAGAAGGAAGGAAAGAAAGUGGUCGUGGUAGCGCAGGGAACCGUAGAGAUUGACCCGAGGCAUCUUAUCCUUCCAACCAUUCAGGCUUUGGGUGGACGAGAAGAAGACACCCUGGUGGUGGCCAUCUUGGGACACCGCGGCCGAACACUACCAAAGGACGUGGUAGUGCCCGCUAACGCAAAGGUGGUCGACUACCUCGCCUACGACGCCAUCCUCCCCCACACCGACGUCUUCGUGAGCAACGCCGGCUACGGUGCGGUGAUGCACGGCAUUGGUCACGGGGUGCCGAUGGUUGUCGCGGGAGAAGAACAGGACAAGAAGGAGAACGUUGUGCGGGUGCAGUGGCGUGGACAUGGAGUUAAACUGAACAAGUCGUGGAGAGACGACAAGGAGUAUGUGAAGGAGUUAGCAGAGGCCGUUGGGAAAAUUUUGGACGAGGAGGAGGGGAGGGAAGUAAGAAAACGGGCCAUGGAACUGAAGGAGGAAGCGGACAGCAUCGAUUGCAUCAAGACCGUCGAGGAGUGCCUAUCCUCCUACUUGUAAUCCAUUAGUACUCCCCAACAAACCAACCAACUAAACUAUAGCUUGCUUCCCUUCUCCUUUUUCUCAGGAGCAGCAGCCAUAGCCAUAGCCUCCGCCCUCUCCAUCACCUCCAAAUCC